AUGUCUAGACCUUCCACCUUCUCCUUCUCUCGCCUCCUGAUCGUCCACAUUGUCCCCUUGCUUGCUCUAGCCAGGGUCUCCGUCUCUCUCUUUCUCAUGCCCAAAACCCUAGUCGGCCUCCCCGACUUCGACGAUGGCAUCUCACUCCUCGGCGACGCCACUUUAGCCGGCGCCGGGUCUCACGUGCAAGUCACCCGGCCCUCGGCUUCCAGCUCCGGCUUCCUCCAGUGGCCGAUGCCCUUCCAAUUCGUCGACCCUAGCUCGGCUUCUCCGACGUCGUUCUCGUCCGAGUUCGCCUUCUCGAUCUCACCUGGUAACAGCGACGGCCUCGCUCUUGUGCUUUUCCCUAGGGAUUUUAAGCUUGGAGCGGAAGCGUUCGGUCUCUCUGGGGAUCACAGAUUCGUCGGCGUUGAGUACGAUACUUCGAUGAAUGAAGAAGUAGGGGACGUGAAUGCGAACCAUGUAGGUGUAGAUUUGGGCAAUUUCAGAUCUGUUAGCGUCUGGAAUGCGUCGUCUAUAGGUUUAGUACUGAGUAGUGGAGAGAAAUUGAAGUCUUGGGUGGAUUAUGACGGGAGCUCGAAAAGACUUGAGGUUAGACUGAGUAAGUUUGGGGAUCCAAGACCAUACGAUCCAAUUAUUGCAUACUCAAUCGACUUGUUGCGAAUGUGGAGACACAAGGAUGUUUAUGUUGGUAUAAGCUCGUCGAAUGGCGAUUCAUCGCAGACUAUCAGCAUAUACUCAUGGAGGUUUAAGCUGAGGAAAGUUGCGAUGUCCAUGCAUUCUUUACCUGCUGAUCCGCAUGGCUAUGCUAGCGAGCACGGAAAGUUGCACAAGAAAGGCAAGUGCCCUUUGGUGAUUCUUGCUGGGGUGAUUUUUGCCACAGGAUGUGGAGCGUUAUUGGCAUUCUUGGGGCUCUUUCUGUGGGCAUUUUUUGCUAACAGGCACACCGUAUUUCCGGUGGAAUGUCCCGUGCAUCCUGCGGACUUCAAGUAUGAAAAGAUCAAUGUGGUCGAGGGGAAGGACGCCGAAGGUGGUAAGCAUUGA